CUCUCUUAUUCCCCUCCUCCCCGCACUGUAAAAAGAAGACCCCAGAUCUCACAUCUUCACCCCCUUCACUACAUCGGUACAUACGUUUGAUCACACACACACACAUCCACCCACCCACCAUGAUACCUGACGAGACAGUCGAUCGGCUCUUGGCCCACGUCCGACCCCACAUCCAACGCCAUCUGGCUCACCAAGCCGUUAACUCCAGCCAAAAGAAGCCCUUUGUGCUGGCCCUGACUGGUCUGCAGGGUAGCGGCAAAACCACCUGGACCUCCGCCAUCGUGCGCCUGUUGAACGAGAAAUAUCACUUCCGCACCAUCAAUGUUUCGCUCGAUGAUUUCUAUCUCCCCCACGAGGGUCUGGUGCGCCUACGCCAAGAGAACCCCUCCAACGAACUCUUGAAGAUGCGCGGCCAGCCGGGCACGCAUGAUACCGGCCUCGUCCGGGAAUUUUUCGAUAGCUUGACCGUCACCCCCGCGAACUCCCCGUCCGAGGUCUUGAUCCCGGAAUUCGACAAGAGCCGGUUCAAUGGCGAAGGCGAUCGGGUUCCGCGCGAGCAGUGGCGCCGGGUGCCGGUCUCCCUGGAUUCCAGCGUCGAGGUCCUGGUGUUGGAAGGCUGGUGUGUCGGGUUCCAGCCGCUGAGUCGGUCGGCCAUUGAGGCCAAGUGGAAGGAGGCCAAGGAGCAUGUUCCGCUGCUCGAGGAUUCUGAGUCCGGGUUUCCCACUCGGACCCUGCAGAAUCACGCCCUGGACUCCUAUUUGACCAUCAACCAAAACUUGCAGACGUACUGCGACAUGUUCAUGGGCCCGCAGCACUUGGACUUUCUCGUGCACCUCGACACCGACGAUUUGGCCAAUGUCUACCGGUGGCGCAUGCAGCAAGAACAUGCGCUGCAUCUGGCGAAGAACCAGGGUAUGACGGACGAGGAAGUGGUCGCCUUCGUCAAGGGCUACAUGCCCGCCUACGAGCUCUACCUGGACUCGGUACGGUCGGGCAUCUUCCGGCCUCUCUCCGAGGAACAACGCGCGCACAAGGGACAGGCUCGAGUCAUCUUGGGACGUGAUCGACGAGUACUGGAUAUUGUGGGUUGCAGCUAGGGGCCUACAAGACCAACGACCCACGUAACGCCUUUAGACAUCGCGGAUGGGAGUGUUCUGCCGUAGGAGCCUACUUAUCGCUCCAAUGAGACAUGAUGAUCACGCAAUAGACAACUCAACUUAAUGCCUGUAAUCUCAAUCGGUUUGUCCAGCCGUGGGUUUGAGAAACGCGCGUGCUGGACGACCAUGGUGCCUGAUUCAUGAGGCAUGAACGCACGGAUGGCGUGGGAGGCAGACACACAUAGCGAUAUACGGGCUAUUAUAUUGGAAUCCCGACGAACUAACGUUGACACAAG